UCCCAGGAGGCGCCGCGGCUAGAGGUGACUGGUGGCGGUGUCAUGGGAUCACACGUGGAGAUCCUGGAGAAGCUGCGGGGGGCGCUACAGCCGCAGGGGUUCGAGGUGCACCCUUUCCAGGUCGGUUGGUACAAUGGCGUCCUGGAGCCCGUCUUCCAUCUCUCUUACCCUCCUGACACACUGGCGUUUGUCGUGCUGAGCGCGCCCGCCAUGUUUGAGAAGUCAUUUAAGCCUUUCCUUGCUCAGCAAAAGCUGCAGAGUCUCCAGGACCCGAUCGACCAGUGCGUGUCACACUAUAUGACGCUGGCACAGGAGAGAUUUUCCUCGCACAGGAUUGACGUCAUCUACGACUACGAGCUUCAUCCCAAUCGGCGGCCAAAGGCUCUGAUGCAGACGGCGGCGCACGUGUCCGGAGCGGCGUACUACUACCAGAGGAAAGACGUGGAAAGCGAUCCCUGGGGGGGAAAGAAGAUGUUCGGGGUCUGCAUUCACCCACGCUUCGGGGGCUGGUUCGCCAUCCGCGCGGUGCUGGUGUUUGCCGAUGUCCAGGCCCCGGGGUUGGAGCAGACCCGGCCCAUAGACUGUGUGCCCAGCAGGGAGGACAGGAUCAGCCUCCUGGAGAACUUCAACUGUAACUGGAGGGACGGGAGGUACCGGGACGUGCUGCCGGCAGAGGAGAAGUAUUCGGCUGAGCAGACUCUGUACUUUGCUACUCCACCUGCGGAGAGACUGAAGCUGCUGGAACUCUGGGGUCAGAUACACCCCAUCCCCCCCUGCUGAGACUGUGACGGCUCCUCUGCUCUGUAUCAUCAGGAGUUGUCUCAGCUGGAGCUUCCGGUGGUCACUGAUCUAAAAAGGACCGUCCCCGUCACUUCUGUGCUCCACAAUUAAUAAGCGCAAUUUUUAGUAGCGCACUUACAUUUUUUUUUUUAUGGCGCCCCCGAACGCAGGAACAUACGGUGUGUUUUACAGGAAAAAGAGCGCCCCCCCCCCCCCCCUGACAUCUUCCCCUCUGUUAUAGAAAUAACUUCCCUCUGUUAUUCCUCCUGGGAAUGUAUGACUAAUUUGCCAAAUAGGGGGGGGGGGGGGGGGGGUCCCUGCACAGUCCAAUCAGUGCUGACCAUGUAGGGUACACUCCUCAUAACAUCCAGAUUUCCAGAAGGAAUAACAGAGGGAUAUCACAAUAAUAAGAUACUGUAUGCACUUAAAGCUUCUGGGAUUCCAUAUUUAAGUGAUUUCUGAUUUUAAGUUAUUUUGUGAUUUAUUUAUUAUCUGGAGAUUUUAUUAAACGAUGGAAACUUUUAUUUUUAUAAUUAGAUCCUAACAAAAUCUAAACCUGAUGUGCAGUUUAUAACGUAUGCAUGGCCCGGGGCCACCAGAGGUGACUAAUAGGGGAGGAUGGAAGGAUGUGGCCCCUUUAAGGAAUUUUCAUGUAAAUAAAUGUAGCUACAUUUCGGUUUAGUUACUUUGUAGAUACUUUUUGCUUUACUGUUUACAAACAGCAGUGUGGAGGUGUUUUCUCCAUUCACAUCCAGAGCUGCUUUCAAAAUUCUGCAGAUAGCAAUGAAUGGUUUAGCUCCACUCAGAAAAGCUUUAACUAUGGCAAACUCAUCUGAUCUCCCACCAGCCACUGCUCUCUGUUAACAAGAAGCCAGCAGAACUGUGAAUGCAGCUUUGGGUGUGACUAGAGUAGAUCUCACGGGUUUUAUGUGCAGCU